AUGCCCGUUUCGUGGGAUGAAAUUCAAAAUUCCGUGCAAUUCUAUGCAGCCAUCACUGCGGUCCCACUCAAUGUCCUACUGAUCUACUUGAUCAUCAAGUACUCCUCCAGUGAAAUUGGAGCUUACAAGUACUUGAUGAUCUACAUUUCGGUUUUUGAACUCAUCUAUGCCAUCAUUGAUGUAAUCGUAUCCCCAUUCGCACAUGCCUACGGAUCCACGUUCUUAGUUAUAGUUAACCUGAAGAAGACAUCAAUUCCAAGAUGGGUUCACAGAAUUUUACUUUCUGCUUACUGUGGAUUUUAUGGAUGCUCAAUGGCAAUUUUUGGUAUUCACUUUGUUUAUCGUUACCUGGUCGCCAAAGGUUCUGACUUGCUGAAGACGUUCCAGUCAAAGAAGAUUAUUGGUUGGCUUUUGAUACCCGCAAUUUUCGGACUCAUUUGGAGCUGUCUCACAUACUGGCCAUGUGCAAAACGAGAGUCUACCGAUAUCUAUGUGAAAGAUAAUUUGUACGAAAAAUUCAAUUUAAGCAUUGAUGAUGUGGAAUACAUUGCACCCUACUUUUAUGAGUUGGACAAAAAUGGAAAUCUGGAAAUCUACUGGCCCAGUUUUGUUGGCAUUGGUGUGAACUCUGUUAUCAUCAAUGUUUCUAUUGCAACCAUUAUCUAUUUUGGGAAAAAAUGCUACACAAUCCUCAACUCUCUUGUACCACACACUAGCAAGUCUGAAAAGAAUCGACGUCUUCAAAAGCAGUUGUACUUUGCUCUUGUCACUCAAACCCUCAUCCCAAUUGUUUUAAUGCAUAUUCCAGUCUCUACGCUUUACUUUUCCGCGUUCUUUUGCAUUGAUCUUGGAUCCAUCAGCGGAAUCGCUCCAUUGGCAAUUGCUCUCUACCCAACGCUUGAUCCACUUCCCACUAUGUUCAUUAUUGGACAUUACAGAACUGUCGUGUUCAAUUGGAUUUUAUGGUUGCCACGAAAAUUUGGAAUCUGUUCCAAAAAUUCGGUAAAUCCUGAAAUUGAUGAAACAACUGUUCAAGAUGGACCUGAUGCAGUUACCCAAAGUAAUGCAAUAAUUCAAGAAUCACAAGUUUAA